AUGGAGAAAAUCACAGACAAGAUAGCCGCUUUACCGGCCGAUUCCAAUUACUUCUCGCUCGAGUUCUUCCCUCCCAAAACUGCUAUGGGAUUCUCCAACUUACGCGACCGUCUUGAUCGAAUGGCACGAGCGCUGCGACCUCUCUUUGUAAAUGUAACAUGGGGUGCCGGGGGAUCCACUGCUACGAAGUCACUCGAGUUGGCCGAGAUAUGUCAGAGGGAGCUGAACCUGACGACAUGUCUACACUUGACAUGUACGAACAUGAGUCGGAAACUUAUUGAUGGGGCGUUAGAAGAUGCGAAGGUAUUGGGUAUUAGGAACAUCCUUGCCUUGAGGGGCGACCCUCCAAGAGCCGCGGAAUAUCAAGAUCCGAACGAGUCUCCCGAGGAUGCUAUAGAUGAGACCUUUGAAUGGGCCAUUGAUUUGGUGCGGUAUAUAAGAAAGACUCAUGGAGAUUAUUUCUGUAUCGGCGUCGCUGCAUACCCCGAAGGCCAUGCCGAUGAGAGCCAUCCCAUGGGCCAGAACUUAGAACAUGACCUUCCUUAUCUAGUCGACAAAACCCUCGCGGGAGCUGACUUCCUCAUGACGCAAUUAUUCUUCGAUACAGAAGCUUAUGACAAUUUUGAGCAGACCCUCAGGAACCACCCCAGCGGCGCAUUCAAGACGAUUCCCAUUAUUCCCGGACUGAUGCCCAUUCAGAGCUACCAGAUGAUCAAGCGAACAACGAAGCUCAGUCAUGCUCAGAUACCGGACACAAUAAUGUCUCGACUAGAUGCUGUGAAGAUGGACGAUGAGAAAGUCAAGAGCGUUGGUGUAGAUAUCUUAUGCGAGAUCGUCGAAAAGGUCAAGGAGAUCACAAGAAGAACACCCGGGCCUAGAGGGUUUCACUUUUAUACCUUAAAUCUCGAAAAGGCCGUAUCUUUCAUCAUCGAAAGAUCAGAUCUUAUACCUUUCAGCACUCUUACCGAUGAAGAGGCAAUCGAAGAUAUCACGUCUAAGAUCCCGGCGCUGCAAGUCAACGGAUCUCUAGACCACGAAAUCAUCCCUCAAGCACGAGAGAACUCCCGAAGUCGAAGGCAAUCGAACGUUAGUUCGGAAACUCGUAACCGGGUCAUCAUCUCCGGGCGACCAGUCUCGCACCCCGAAUACGAAGCUACCUCAGCAGAAGCUAGUAUACCGGCUGAUCCCAUCAACAGCCGAGCUAACACCUUGGCGAUUUCUGAAGGCGAAGGUGUCCUCGGCCGAGAAGCAACGUGGGAUGACUUCCCUAACGGCCGAUGGGGUGACGCUCGGUCUCCCGCAUACGGCGAAAUAGACGGAUAUGGGCCUAGUCUGCACGUCUCCCACGCACAAGCCGUUAGUCUCUGGGGGUACCCGACCAAGCGGGAGGAUAUCAACGACAUAAUGGUCCGGCAUCUGAAAAAGGAGCUUUCGGCUAUUCCGUGGAGCGAGGAGGAGUUCAACGAAGAGACUGGGAUGAUUACCCAGCAGCUUAUCCAACUUAACAGGAAAGGCUGGUGGACUGUUGCUUCGCAACCCGCCGUCAACGGCCUACGCUCGUCCGAUCCCGUCUUCGGCUGGGGUCCGCAGCAAGGCUUCGUGUUCCAGAAAGCCUUCGUCGAAUUCUUCAUCCCGUCCUCCGACUGGAAGGUCCUACUUGAAAAACUCCAGAGCUCCGAGGUGCAGGAUACGAUAUGUUUCUACGGGGCAAACGCCGCGGGAGACUUCGUAUCGUCCGACUUGACAGGAGGUCUGGCGGGCGAAGUUAAAGAAUCAAGCACGAACGCGGUGACAUGGGGCGUGUUUCCGGGUAAGGAGAUCAUCACACCGACUAUUAUAGAGGAAGUCAGCUUCAGGGCAUGGAGUGAGGAGGCGUUUGGCAUAUUUGGCGAGUGGGCGCAGAUCUACGGAAAAGGGUCGGAAACCGAAAAGUUGCUCGAGAAAGCCAAGGCAGACUCGUGGCUGGUCAAUAUCAUUCAUCAUGAUUUCGUGGACAAGGACGCGUUAUGGAGGUUACUUCUUGACUAA